GAGGAGAGAACCCAGUAGUGCAGCAACAGGAGAAGGGAUUCGAAGAGGCCCUCAUCUGCUCCUGCUCCUGCUCCUGCUGAUCCUCCACAUCUGAUUGCAACAUGAAGGUUACUGUGGCUGCCCUUGCUGUUGUUCUCAUUGCUGCCUUCUGUUCCCAGGCCUCCUCUUCUCCAAUUGGUUCGGAUCCCCCGACUGCCUGCUGCUUCACAUUCACAGCCCGCCAGAUCCCACGCAACUUUGUGAAGGACUACUAUUACACCAACAGCAUGUGCUCCCAGCCUGCCAUUGUAUUUAUCACAAGGAAAGGCCGUGAAAUCUGUGCCGAUACUAAGGAACCAUGGGUCCAAAAGUAUGUGAAUGACCUGGAACUGAACUGAGCAGAGAUACAGAAACACUGAAGAUCAAGAUUCUGGAGACUGAGACCAUCCUGGAAAUGAAAGGGUUUCAUUUCUACAUCAGUGCGAAGACAUCAUUUCCAAGCAAAUAAGCAAAGAUUUUAAUAGGAGCUAAAUAUAAAAAAACCCAAACAAAAAACAAAACAAAAGAUAAAUUUGAGAAUCUGUGACUAUAAUUUAAAACUAUUUAAGAUACUUGGGUUGGUAGAAAAUAUAUUUUACUACUAAUUAUAUUAUUUAUAGAAUGUCUGUGAGGUCCUGUGGAGUCUGGUCAUUGACCAGCCCCAUUCAGAACCCAAAGGCAAAAGAUUAUUUAAUAUAUUUAAUUGAGUCCCAAAAUAUGACUAUUUGCAAUGUAAUGUUGAAGUGUAAUCUGAGUGUCUUGGACAGAUCAUGGAAUAAUGUUUACAGGGAAUAA